AUGCUGGUCAAGGCUUCGUGGCCUGGUCUUCCCUGGUCUUCCGACUCGUUCCCGCCGAGUAAUGAAGGCCGCCGCGCGUCACAUUGGAUCAUGGAUGAAGAGCAUCACGACUGCGACGGGCAUGGCGUGUCCGCCGAGUCGCAGCUUGAUUCACCUCCCCUCCCUGCGGACGCGGCGAUUUCUCCCGAACCUGUGCAGGAAGCCGCUCCAUUGUCAUCCGUCCCGACAUCUUCUUCCGCUUUGCAACACUCGGGUCUUCCCCCAGAAUCGCAUCCCCCUAUACCUGGUCGCAGCUCAUUCUCGCAUGCGGCAGAAUCUACUGCAUGGUUCAACCGUCCUGAAGACGCGCCCUUGCUCCGUUCAUCGCAAGAGACGAUUGGGCCGAUCGAUGCCCUACCCCAGCCCCUACCCCUACCCCAGCCCCUACCCCUACUCCAGCCCCUACCCCUACCCCAGCCCCAGCCCCUAUCCAUACCCAUACCCAUACCCUCCAUUCCCCUCCGCCCGAAUACUCCAAGCUCCACUUUGCUUCCGAGCGGUUCUACCUUGCCCUUUACUCCUACGCAUCCGUCACCCUCUCUCACCCCCUUCACGAAUCGGACCCAUCGGACGCGGACAUCCCCACGGCCCCUCCGCUUCGUCAUCGAGACGGUCCCGCCCUCCGUGGAAGUCUCGAACGUCAGGCGUGAUCACAACCUCGCGUCCACGGACGAGGCGAUGUCAUCAAACGAGACGCAGACAUUGGGUGCCACAUUACCCUUGUCUAUGCACACGGGGACAGUUCCUGCUUCUCCCACCAUCGCUGGUAUAGGACAGGCUAGCACCGGCGCGCAGCUUGAGAGCCACAGUCGCUCCCCACGGCGUCCCCUCAACCUCCCGCAUGCGCCUCCACCCGCACCACGACUGACGAUACCAAUCUUGCGCGCUGCUCGUCAUCCGGCACAUAUUACAGCACUGAGCGAGCUUUUGGGGGUCCAUCCGGCGAGCCCGCUUCGCAGGAUCUUGUAA